AUGCUUUUUUCUUUUUUUUUCUUUCUCUCCUUUUAUAUUUUCUGUAACUUUUCUUCAUCUUUUCUAUUCCUUUUUUCUUUCUAUCCGUGUAUUCUUAUUCGCUUUUUUGACUUCUCUCCCACUCCUAUCUAUCUAUCUAUCUAUCUAUCUAUCUAUCUAUCUAUCUAUCUAUCUAUCUCUAUCUAUCUAUCUAUGGAACAACUUUACUAUCUUAGUCUGUCUUUUCAUAACUAUAUAUCCCAUUCUGUUAAUAUCUAUCUAUUUCAUUUUGCUCAUAUCUAUCUAUCACAUUUUGCUCAUAUCUAUCUAUCUAUCUAUCUAUCUAUCUUCCCCUCCCUCUUUGUAUAUAUUCUCUCUGCUCAAUUUAUCUAUUUGCAUUUAAUAUAUCUUUCUAUCCAAUUCAUUUUCUUUAAUAUUGUCCCCACAUUCGAUUUUCUAUCUAUCUAUCUAUCUAUCUAUCUAUCUAUCUAUCUAUCUGAAUCUCUUUAUAAUCUAUCUAUUUAUCUGGACCUCUUUAUAAUCGAUCUAUCUAUUUAUCAGAACCUCUUUAUAAUCUAUCUAUCUAUCUAUCUAUCUAUCUAUCUAUCUAUCUAUCUAUCUAUCUAUCUAUUACAAUUUUCUAUUAUUAUAUCUACCUCAUUCGCUUUAUUUUAUAGAUAUAUCUACUGUAUGCGUCCUUCUUACUUUUUCUUUCUCAUAGUUUUAAUCUAUCUACUUACUUAUCUAUCUAUAUAA